GAAAACCGCGCCGCUACACGAGCGAGUGAUACAAUACUCGACCCAACACCCACGUUUCUUCAUUUUCAUCCCUCUCGGCCAACCCCAAAACCCUCUCUACAGUACACCCUCAAAACCCUACUCUUCUCCGAAAAUCACGAAAGAGAUGGCGACUUCCGUCCUUCUCCGAUCUCUCAGGCGUCACGAUCUCCCUUCCUCUCUCUCCUCUCACUACAGAUCGGUGACUGGCAAUGCAAAAGCAUCAUGGGCCACUUCUCAUUUGGGUAGCAAGUGGUCAGGUUUGGUGAGACCUUUUAGCUCGAAGCCUGCUGGGAAUGAUAUUGUAGGGAUUGAUUUGGGUACCACGAACUCAUGUGUUGCAGUUAUGGAGGGCAAGAAUCCAAAAGUAAUUGAGAACUCUGAAGGAGCACGGACCACACCAUCUGUGGUUGCCUUUAACCAGAAGGGAGAACUACUUGUGGGAACACCAGCCAAACGUCAGGCCGUAACCAAUCCUACAAACACAAUUUUUGGGACGAAACGUCUAAUUGGCAGACGUUUUGAUGAUCCACAGACUCAGAAAGAGAUGAAGAUGGUUCCUUACAAGAUAGUCAAGGCCCCAAACGGAGAUGCUUGGGUCGAAGCCAAUGGACAGCAAUAUUCUCCUAGCCAGAUCGGUGCUUUUAUUCUGACCAAGAUGAAAGAAACUGCAGAGUCUUAUCUUGGAAAAACUUUGUCGAAGGCUGUUAUAACAGUUCCAGCUUAUUUCAAUGAUGCUCAAAGACAGGCAACAAAAGAUGCUGGGAGGAUUGCAGGUCUGGAGGUACAGCGGAUCAUCAACGAGCCAACUGCUGCCGCACUUUCUUAUGGUAUGAACAACAAGGAGGGUCUCAUAGCAGUCUUUGAUCUUGGAGGUGGAACUUUCGAUAUUUCGAUCCUGGAAAUAUCUAAUGGUGUCUUUGAGGUGAAAGCAACCAAUGGUGACACGUUUUUGGGUGGGGAGGAUUUCGACAACGCCUUGUUGGAGUUCUUGGUGAGUGAGUUCAAGAGAACCGAGGGAAUUGAUCUUUCAAAGGACAGGCUGGCAUUGCAAAGGCUUCGGGAAGCAGCUGAGAAGGCCAAGAUAGAGCUUUCAUCUACAACCCAGACGGAGAUCAACCUGCCCUUCAUCACAGCUGAUACCUCGGGGGCAAAACAUUUGAAUAUUACCCUCACGAGAUCAAAGUUUGAGAGCUUGGUAAACCAUUUGAUUGAGAGGACCCGAAGCCCAUGCAAGAGCUGUUUGAAGGAUGCUGGGAUAUCUACUAAGGAUGUAGAUGAGGUUCUCCUCGUAGGAGGGAUGACCCGAGUUCCAAAAGUCCAAGAAACAGUUGCGGAGAUCUUUGGGAAGAGUCCGAGCAAAGGAGUGAAUCCAGAUGAGGCCGUUGCGAUGGGAGCUGCAAUUCAGGGUGGCAUCCUUCGUGGAGAUGUUAAGGAGCUCCUUCUCUUGGAUGUUACUCCCCUUUCACUCGGCAUUGAAACUCUGGGAGGUAUCUUCACCAGGUUGAUCAACAGGAACACUACCAUCCCCACGAAAAAGAGUCAGGUAUUCUCAACUGCAGCAGACAACCAGACCCAGGUGGGUGUUCGGGUACUGCAAGGUGAGCGUGAAAUGGCAUCUGACAACAAGCUCCUCGGCGAAUUCGAGCUCGUGGGCAUUCCACCUGCACCCAGAGGCAUGCCUCAGAUUGAGGUCACUUUCGACAUUGAUGCCAAUGGUAUUGUGACUGUUUCUGCCAAAGACAAGGCCACUGGGAAAGAGCAACAGAUCACGAUCCGUUCAUCAUCUGGACUCUCAGAAGAUGAGAUCCAGAAGAUGGUCAAAGAGGCUGAGCUGCAUGCCCAGAAGGACCAGGAGAGAAAGGCUCUGAUUGAUAUCAAGAACAGCGCGGACACUACAAUCUACAGCAUAGAGAAGAGCUUGGGCGAGUACAGGGACAAGAUCCCAGCUGAGGUUGCAUCAGAGAUCGAGUCAGCCCUGGCUGAUCUGAGGAAGGCGAUGGCAGGAGAGGACAUUGAUGAGAUAAAGGCGAAGCUUGAUGCAGCGAACAAGGCAGUCUCGAAGAUUGGGCAGCACAUGUCGGGUGGAUCAGGUGGGUCUGCCUCAGGUGGGUCCCAGGGUGGUGAUCAGGCACCAGAGGCAGAAUAUGAAGAGGUGAAGAAGUGAGAUGACAGGUGAUCAUGGUCCUGCUGGUUUUGAGUAAUUUCUGAGGUAUGGAACUACGAUCAUAAGUGUUCCUGUUUUUGAAAAAAGAAAAAGAAAAAGAAAGGAUAUAGAUUUUCAGAUUUUCAGUUUUGUACCUAUAUUUGUAGAUGUAGUUCACUUCUGUAGAACCGUUAGCUUUUGAAAAUUACAGAUGAUGUUGAACUCUCUAACGCCAUGGAGAUGCAUAAAUCAGCUGGGAAAAUGAAAACCAGUUUUGUUCA